UGAUGCCUCCAUCGGUUACCAUGAAAAUAAUGCUGCAUUGUUUUUAAAAAGGUUUUCAUUCUGACUCAUGAGAGAACAUUUUCAUCUUGCAAAGGAUAUCUCAGCAUCUGCACAGAAACGAGGUGGUUCCUGCAUAGAGGGGAGGAGUGAAGUGUGACCACCAGCGAAAUGACGUCACUGGAUGAGAUCCAGAACUGCAAAGAGGAAACAGUUGAGAAGGAACUGAGCGUCGGACCGUUGGAUCGACCUACCAAUGGAGCAAGGAAGCUGCACUUCUGUGACCAGUGUGACAAGGGCUUUGAUACUCCAUCCUUGUUAAAACAUGUCCACACAGAAGAAAAACCAUUUACUUGUGAUCGGUGUGGCAAGAGUUUCACUUAUAGGUCAGCGCUGAAACAACACGAGCGGAUCCAUACGGGAGAAAAGCCAUACCUGUGUGACCAGUGUGGGAAACGUUUUUCUAAUUUAGGGAAUCUGAAUUACCUCCAGCGGAUUCAUACAGGGGUAAAGCCAUUUACCUGUGACCAGUGUGGCACGAGUUUCACUUAUAGGUCAACGCUGAAACAACACGAGCAGAUCCAUACGGGAGAAAAGCCAUACUCGUGUGACCAGUGUGGGAAAUGUUUUUCUCGGAUAGCCACUGUGAAACAACACCAACGGAUCCACACAAGAGAGAAGCCAUAACAUAUGUGAACAGUAAAAGGAGAGUUUGUGUGUCACCACAUUCACCUUGAUGACAUCAGAGGAGUAAAAAUCCUUUUAAUGACUCAAAAUUUCAAUAAAUUUGUUUGAAUAAUA